AUGCUUGGAGUCUUGAUUGGAGCUUUGGGCCUCGACCAGGCGGCUGAGAAGGGCCGAUAUGUCGGCCAUGCCCUGCUGAGCAGCCUUUGUCAAGGGGCCGAGCAUUUGCUCUGUGUUGGCGCGAUGGUGGGACGCCGAGGAGCUGGAGAUUUGGAGCUGGAGCUUUGGAGCUAG